AUGCGGUAUGCCAGAUCGAAGCUCAGAGAGGAGUCAGCCAAGGGCUCAAGAAGCGCAGCAGCCGAGGAAGGACAGGUGGCGGUGACAGUGGGGGUUCCGGAAGGAGGAGUGGAGGAGGGGGAGGCGGGAGUGCCAUCUGCUGCUGCUACUAGUAGUGCUACUGCUGCCGGUGUCUCGGGACGGGCGGCAUCAGCGAUUGAGUCCAAGAGGGAGGAGCGUAUGAGAAGGCUGAAAGACAGCGGCCGUAGGCUCCUGGUGGCGUGGGCGCUGGCAGCAGCAUGUCUGGUGGGGCAUGCAUCGCACAUGCUGCAGGCCUCCUCCCUCGCCUGGAAGCUGCCUCCAUGGACGCACGCUCUGCACUCCACGCCCGUGCAUGCUCUUCUUUCGCUCACUGCCCUGCUUGGCCCUGGCCGCAAGCUGCUGCAGGACGGGUGGAGCAGUCUGAGGAGGGGAGCCCCCAACAUGAACACGCUCGUCAGCCUGGGAGCCGUCUCCUCCUUUGCUGUCAGCGCUGUUGCCGCUGCUGUGCCAAAGCUGGGCUGGCCGGCAUUCUUCGAGGAGCCGCUGAUGCUGCUGGCGUUCGUGCUUCUGGGGAAGGUGCUGGAAGAGCGGGCCAAGAUCAAGGCCACAAGCGACAUGGCAGCUCUAUUGUCUCUUUUGCCUCCUCAGGCCCGUCGCAUCAUCCCCUCCUCCUCGCCCUCGCCCUCCCCUCCCUCCUCUCCUGUUGCUGCCUCAACACGCCCAGCAGCCGCAUCAUCAGCAGCGGAAUCAGCCGCAGCCCCAGCAGCAACAAGCAGCAGUUUCAGCGAUGCAGCAACGGAAGUGGUGCCCAUAGAGGCGAUCCAAGUGGGGGAUGAAGUGCUCGUCCGCCCCGGGGAUCGUAUCCCAGUGGACGGGACAGUGGCAGGAGGGCGCAGCACAGUGGACGAGAGCAGCAUCACAGGGGAGCCGCUGCCCGUGCUGAAACAGGCCGGGGACGAGGUGACAGCGGGAACGGUGAAUUUCAACGGGGCUAUAGUGGUGCAGGCGAGCAGGCAGGGAGGCGAUGCGGUGUUGGCAGACAUAGUGCGCAUGGUGGAGGACGCCCAGGGCAGACAGGCACCCGUGCAGCGGUUUGCUGACCAGGUAUCUGGCAAGUUCUGCUAUGGAGUCAUGGGCAUAGCAGCGGCCACCUUCGCCUUCUGGUCCACCCUCGGUCCUAAGCUCGUCCCUGCUGCCCUCGCUGCUGCUGGCCCUGGUGGGAGUCUGUUGCUGGCGCUGCAGCUCGCAUGCAACGUGUUGGUGGUGGCGUGCCCGUGUGCCCUCGGUCUAGCCACCCCAACAGCAGUCCUGGUAGGAACAGCCGUAGCAGCAAGAAAAGGGCUGCUCAUUAGAGGGGGAGACGUGUUAGAGCGCUCCACUGCCGUGCACACCGUGCUCUUUGACAAGACCGGCACGCUCACCCUCGGCCGCCCCACCGUCACCCGCGUUCGCCUGCAUGGGGAUGGGACUGCUGAGGAGGAGAGGGAGCGUGGGGCUCGGAGGCAGGGAGGAGGAGGAGGGGGGAAAGUAGGAGAAGAGGAGAGGAGGAAAAACAGAGAAGAGGAGAGGAGGAAAGACAGAGAAGAGGAGAGGAGGAAAGAGGUGUUGGUGUUGGCAGCAGCGGUGGAGCGUAAUUCCACGCAUCCCCUCGCGACGGCGAUAGUGGAAGCUGUUGGGAAGGAGGCGAGGCGAGCGCGGGUGGAGGACGGGUCGUUUUUUCAACAGCCGGGGGCUGGGGCGGCGGCGGUGGUGGACGGGCGGCAUGUGGUGGUGGGCACUCCUGAUUGGCUGAGGGAUAACGGCUGCGAUGUGCCGGUGGAAUUGGAAGAGGCUGAUCUGAUGAGCAGCGCUGCAGAAGGGUCAUCCCCCGCAUCACCGACUCUCAGGCCUGCCAUGCCAGGCGAUCCCACGCCAGGCGAGACCACCGUGUACGUGGGGGUGGACGGCCGGCUGGCAGGUGCCAUCUCAUUGGUCGACAAGGUGCGCGACGAGGCGGCGGCGGCUGUAGCGGCGCUACAGGCCAUGGGGCUGCACACGGCGAUGCUGUCGGGGGAUAAGAGACCUGCGGCCCUAGCAAUCGCACACAAAGUCGGAAUUCCAGAGAACGAGGUCUACGCAGGGGUAAAGCCGGAGGGAAAGGCCGACUUCGUUUCAGCCCUUCAGGCGAAAGGAGCGCGGGUGGCGAUGGUAGGAGACGGGGUGAACGACGCAGCGGCGCUGGCGCGAGCAGACGUGGGCAUUGCCAUGGCGGGAGGGGUGGGAGCGGCAAGUGACGUGGCAUCGGUGGUGCUGAUGGGCGACCGAGUGACUCAAGUGGUGGACGCCAUUCACCUCAGUCGCUGCACCUUCAACAAGAUCCGUCAAAACCUCGCCUGGGCCUUUUUGUAUAACAUGAUUGGUCUCCCAGUGGCAGCAGGGGCGCUGCUGCCCUUCACAGGCACCAUGCUCACCCCCUCCCUCUGUGGUGCCCUCAUGGGAUCUUCCCCUCGCAACGCCAAGUUCAGUUUGAUCUUAUUAAUCACAAAUAAAAACAUGGACGGAAAGCUGAGCUUUUGGGGCGUGGAGGUGAAGCCCAAGGAUACCCUCAUAGUGGACCCCAACGACGAUGCCGACUACCUCCACAUCUCCCAGGUGGCGCUGGGGGCUCAAGCGAAGGACAACGAGAGAGUGGUGGUGCAGCUGAGGGAGGAGAUCGACGAGGAGGAGGACGACGACGAGGAUGAGGCUCCUCCGGCGCCCGUGACGGUGGUGCUGGGCACGCUCGUGAAGGGAAAGGUGGACCAGAUGAGCCUCGAUCUCGUGCUCGACCGGCCGUUCAGCCUGUUCCACUCCGGCUCGCACAGCAUUUUCUUCUCUGGGUACAAGACGCGCGACGGUGGCGACGAUGACGAUUACGACAUGGACGAUGAGUUUGAUGAGGAGGAUAUUGAGGAGGACGAGGAGGAGGAGGAAGAGGAGGAGGAGGAGGACACACCGCCGCGCAAGAAGGCCGCCGCCGCCGCCGCCGCCGCCGCCGCAGCCAAGGCUGGGAAGAAGGCGGCAAGCCCGAGCAAGGACGCAGAGAUGGCAGACGCGGCCGAGCCCGCCAAGCCCGCCGCUCCUGCUGCUGCUAAACCUGCUGAUACACCCGAGCCUGCAGCGGGCGCCAAGCGCCAAGCGGACUCCCCCGCAGCCACGCCCUCGCCUGCCCUAUCCAAGGCGCAAAAGAAGAAGCAACGCAGAGAAGCUGCCGCCGCUGCUGCUGCCGCCGCUGGUGGUGGUGACGCUGCUGCUCCCUCCCCUGCCGCUCCCUCUCCCGCUCCUGCCAAGGAGGCUGCCAAGCCUGCCACUCCCGCUGUCAAGCCUGCAGCAGCAUCGCCAGUAGCAGCCACACCGCCAGCAGCAGCAGCAGGCACACCGGAACCUGGCGCCACAGCCACCCCUGCCACUGGAAAGAAGAAGGUUAUCUUCCACUGCCCACAGUGCCCCAAGAAGUUCAAUGCUGAGACAUUUUUGAAGAAGCACAUUGAGACCAAGCAUUCAGCUUAA